AUGGGGUUUACAAACACAGCUCCGCCGAGAAACUGGGGUGAAUAUUAUGUUGGAGGGCGGAAAAAGCGGCCAUGGUUAUUGGAAAUGGUGCACUCGAUAAAUCAGAUGAUUCCUGGAUUCAGUGAAAUGUUCGACGAGGUUGGAUGAGUGGAGUGUGAUGUGGUUGGUGUGAUUUUGUGCUCGUUUUUCUUCUGUUUUUAGGUGUGCUGAUGUUGUGGUAGAUUGAUUUUAAUGUAUUUUUGCGGAUUGUUGGCCGAUUCUUGUGGUUUUGGUCUUUAAAGAUGCCUUAUGGUCUUGGGAAGCUAUACCGGUUCAAUUGACCUAGUUUUGAGCUUAUUGAUAAAGCCACAUCUCAUUUUAGUUGGUUAGCUAUACCUAGAAGUGUAAAAUCAAAAUCUUGUUUCGUGGCUAUUAUAAAUGGGGUUUCCGUAUCUUUCUAACAUCUCUAAAACAAUAUCAAGUUAUUGUUGUGCCUUUCUCUAACAAUCUUCGUCAAUUCCAUCAAAAGUCAUGUUGUUUUAUCUUACAGGAGACCUUUUACAUGUUCGCCUUGCUGACGGUGGCUUCCGCGUUUCUUUUGGCAUUCUUCUUGUCGAAAAUAGUUGGAGUGAGUAUUCGUGAGCAUGAUAUUCAGAUUACGAGAGAAUGGCGUGAUUGGCGACCGGCGAAUCCGUUCCGCUUCCCAUGGACGGUGGCCAAGGAGUUUCAUCAGAAGAUGAAAAAUAGAAAAAAGGCUGUGAAAGCUGAAUAA